AUGGCAAUAGCUCUUCCCUUGUUCCAACAGCUCACAGGAAUGAAUGUAAUGGUUCUCUAUGCUCCCUAUCUAUUUCAGGCAGUAGGAUUUGGAACCAGUGCAGCACUAACGUACGCUGCCAUCACUGGAGGCGUCAAUGUUGUUGCAACCAUCAUUGGUAUAAUCUCGGUCAGUAAAGGUUGCAGAAGAUUUUUCUUCAUAGCCGGGGGAGUUCAAAUAUUUGUUGGUCAGAUCAUGUUGGGGAUUCUGGUAAGGAUCAAGUUAGGAGGUUCGGAUGUGUUUGACAACUUAAUUAUAGCCAGCAGCUGCAUCUGUGUUGCAGGAUUUGCAUGGUCAUGGGGUCCAUUAGGCAGGAUAUUUCUCUCCAGUGACGAUGAUAUGUUCGGUCGUGCGGCCAGAAUUGGGCUUCAAUAG